UCCAGCUAUAUAUACACUAAUACAGCCCCCAGGACUCACAUUCUUCACCCCCUCACUUCUUUUCCGAAUACAUAGAAACAAUGGCAUCCAAAGAGAAGGUGGCGGAGUCAUCCAAAGCAGUCGAAGCCGGAGCCAGCGCCGUGGUGUCAGCCAAAGCAGUCGAAGCCGGCGGAAGCCGCGAGGAGGUACGUUACAUAGGUGUGCGAAGGAGGCUGAGCGGAAAAUACGUUGCCGAGAUAAAACAUCCUCUAAAGAAUGCUAAUGUUUGGUUGGGGACUUUCGAAACGGCUGAACAGGCGGCGAUGGCUUAUGAUGAAGCGGCAAGGGAACUCCGUGGCAACAAGACCAGAACAAACUUCCCAUUGCCUGAUGCGUUUUACCAGAGGAGGAAUGUUGGCCAAACCAAGCUGAGUAAGAUCUUGAUUCCGAAGAGUACUGGUAAGUCGGCGGAUCAGGAAAGGUUUUCGGCGGCUGUGCGCCCAACCCUAGCUACAGUUACUGGUGGGGCCGGGUCUUGGAUCGGGUACGGGUCAAGCUAUGGGUUAUCUCCUAUGUACCCGUAUCAUCGCCUGCCUUAUGUGCCGAUGCAGUGGGGAUUUCCCCCAAUGCUUAACAGGAGCCCGGAGUUUCGGACCAACCUGCUUCCUGCCCAGAGUGACUCGGACUCUUCUUCUGUGAUUGCUGGGAACCCGACCCGAAAAGGACUGGAUAUUGAUCUGAACUUGCCACCUCCAUCGGAGGACUGAUUGGAUUAAAAGCAGUUGGUUAUGAAAUGAUUUAAUUGUGUAGGAGUUAUGACAGUAGAACAGGAGUAGUUUUGCUCUUGUAGACCAUAAGACUGUGAUGUGUUUUUAACAACGACGAGUGCUUAGUUGUUGUUGAC